ACAUACACAUUCUCUUCAAAACUCAUUUCUUCUUCCGAUCCCCUUCUUUAAAUAGCGUCUCUCUCCCUUCACUCAUACAUACAUUGAUCAUAUAUAUGAAGAAGGAGAGGAAGAGACAAGUACCGGAGGAGAAGGAGGAGGAGAGGGAGAUGGAGGUGGAGGUGGUUGUGGUGGAUGCAUUGGCUGCAGCAGCAACGGUGGCUGCGGCUGCAGCGGUGGAGGAGGAGGAGGAAUUGUGGGGGAUGAGGCUUAAGGCGGGAGAUGAUGUGGUCGACGAGCUGAUGACGUGGAGCACCGUUUGGUUGCCUUCAUGUUGGGACGUGGAGUUCGUUGAGAAAAACUAUGGAGUUCUGUAUAAUGAUGUUGUGUGGGACGAUGAUCUUUGGAAUUUGAACUCUUCCACUCAGGAUAACAUAAGACAAAGCUGAAGUUGGGGAGAUUUUUAACGUUUUUCUAUCGGUUCGGUUUUUAUAGGAUAUUUUGGUUAAUAGUAUGGACCAUAUUGCAGUCAAAAUAUUCUGUUUUGAUUUGGCACGGUUUCAUUUCAAGUUUUAG